AUACCGAAUAGUACAGAAGUGAUUUAUAAAAAUGGUACCUAAAGCAACAUUACACGCGAAGAAGAAGAAGGAAGUCAUUGAGAAGCCAAUAGCAAAAACAAAGAAGAUGAAAAAGAAGAAUUACCAGAGCUUCUCGAUUUAUAUAUUUAAAUUAUUACGAAGCGUUAUAAAAGAAAAUUUCGGUAUAUCGCGGCAUUCCAUGUUGAUUAUGAACAAUUUUGUCAAUGAUAUGUUAGAAAAAAUCGCCUCUGAAGCUGGGAGGUUAGCGAGUCACAGCAAAAAGACGACAUUAGGUAGUCGGGAGAUACAAUCGGCGAUCAAAUUAUUAAUACCCGGUGAACUAGCGAAACACGCGGACAUUGAAGCGAUGAAGGCGAUCACGAUGUACCACAACAGUCAGGAAAGGGACUCGAAAUCGCAUUGAUGGAAACGGUUACGAUUGUUUGACAUUUAAAAUAUUAAUAAAUUAAUUGUUUUGUUUGAUUAUUUAAUUAUUUAUGAUUUAACAAGGUCCUUUUGAGGACCGAA